AUGGAAGAACAAGUGAUCGUGAUAGAUGAGCUACCGAGUGCAGCAAAAGCGCUGUUCGAGGACUCUACAUUCUUUAAGAAAUACUCUGGUGGCCUUCCGUCUCCAGCACAAGUCCGCCAAAAGGGCAUCAAAAUUAACGGCAGCCGCGCACGGGGCUCGCGACCAGAUCCAGUCUCGUAUGAAGAUCAGGGGCUUAUUGUCAAAUAUGGCUCUGAAAUCACAAUCGCUGAAGCGCAAUGCCUCUGGUUUUUCAACCGAUAUAUGAAGAACGUCCCAACGCCCGAGCUUUUCGGGUGGCACCAGGAUGCGGGUGAGACGUUCAUCUAUAUGGAACUAGUCUGUGGUGAAACACUGGAGGUCGUCUGGCCAUCUAUGACCGAGGAAGAGCGAAGGGUGAUAUGUAAGGAGCUUCGCGACUCCGUUACAACUUGGCGCCAGCUUCGUCAGGAGAAAGUACCACAUUUUAUAGGCCACAUUGGAUAUCAAGGCGUAGGAGAUAUAAUAUUCAGCGACGCAGGAGACGCCAACAUAGGGCCAUUUCAGAAUAUAAAAGCGUUUCAUGACUUCUUUGCACGCUACUCCUGCCGACGACACCCCGAAUGGAACCCGCGGCGCGACUUCCCCGAGCUCGAGGGCUUGACUGAUGAUCGGCCGGUGGUAUUUACCCACGGCGAUCUAGACAAGAGCAAUAUAAUCGUCGCCCAGCAGGAUGGGGAAUCCCAACGUCAUGUUGUGGCUAUUAUUGACUGGCACCAAUCUGGGUGGUAUCCGGCUGAUUGGGAAUGGCUUAAAGCUAAGUGGAGGUGUGACCCCCUUGAGGGAGGUUAUCGAGAUACCGCGUGGCUGUUACAGAUUAUGGAGCCGGCCGACCAGAGAUAUGCCAUGGCUUGGGAAUACAUUACCUCCUGUUUAUAA